UUGCGAAAAAGAACACUAAUUUGCAAAACUGUAUUACACAAAUUUUGCGUAGUUUUCAACGCAUUUCCGUACUCGUUUCUAAGAACAGAGAACAAACAAGUUUACAUUUGGUUCUAUAUAAAAAUUAUUUGCUGGCACCUGGCAGCUCCAUCGAAACUCGAUAGGCAUAGGCCUAUCAAACAAGCUCGAGAGACUUCUUCUGCUCCUUCUAUCCAAUUCGUUUCAUUUGUUAUUCUGAACUGAGCUGAAGUUGAAAAUGUCUUCCAAUCUUCAGUCGUUGUUAGAAAUGGGAUUCUCGCAGCAGUUAGCGGAAAAGGCCAUUCAGGAAACAGGAGACCAAAAUAUUGAAGUAGCAAUGGAUUGGUUAAUUGUAAAUAGUGAGAAAUACAGUCAGCAGCUUGACAACACUCAACCAAAAACAGAAGAAUGUGCUGCUAGUGAGGCUGAAGUAUCAAGAACAGAGACAGCUUCAACUGCCAAGUCAAUUAAGUGUGAUGAAUGCAAUAGGUUAUUCUCUUCAAGUUCUGAAAUAGAAUUUCACGCUGCAAAAACUGGCCACAGUCAAUUUUCAGAGUCUACUGAUGAAAAGAAACCUCUUACUGAGGAAGAAAAAAAGGAACAGCUUAGAAAAGUUGAGGAGUUGAUGAAGUUGAAGCGUAAGGAACGAGAAGAAAAAGAAAAGGCUGAACAACUGGAGCAGGAAAAAAGAAGGAUACAAUCAGGCAAGGAGCUUCUCAGUAUAAAAAAGAAAUUUGAGGAAGAUGAAAUCAGGAAGAUUGCAGAGGAAAGGAGACGGGAAAAGGAAGAAGAAAAAAAAGCUAGACAGAGAGUCAAAGAACAAAUUGAGCAAGACAAAUUGGCCCGAAAACAGAAAGCUGGUAAUUUAGCCACCACGCCGGUAGUCAUUCCUCCAGUUCAGCCGUCAGUUCCGGUUACACCCAGUCAACCUAAAGACUACAAAGAGACUAGAAUCCAAAUAAGGCUUCCAAACGGCUCGACUAUGACACAAACCUUUGGUGCUAAGGAACAGUUGGCGUCAGUUCGUCUCUUCAUUCAAAUGAAUAGAACCGAUUUAGUUGCUGGUGUUUCUGAACCAUUUCGAAUUCAGACUAAUUUCCCCAGGAAAAUUUUUACCGAAGAAGAGUACGAAAAACCGCUCGACAUUCUAGGACUAGUUCCUAGUGCUGUUUUAAUGGUAUCUAAAGCGUGAAGAUCGAACUAAUAAGUACACAAAUUUAAUAUCUCA